AUGCCUAAGACAUUGGGUUCGGACAGGCAUAAUCUACAACUCGAGCUCCUUGAGCAGGUCCUCCUGUACUUGGACACGGAUGACAUGUACCUAAGCUGCGAGGACCUCUUCGCAUUUUCUUUAACGAACCGUUACUACAAUCAGAUCACUACACCAUAUCUUACAACCCGACUCAAUAUAGUCAUUAAACGUAUCACGAAUCCACCGUGGAUAGUUUUCCCCGACGCUAUCAUCAGCGGAGUCCCUUUCCCACCGCAUCAUCUCCAGAUCCUUAUACAAAUGAGCGACUACAUCGACAGCAUACUCUGCCCAGACUUUACUCCUAACGUACCAGUCCAAUUUCAGACCUGGGUCUUCCGCAAAACCGCACCCCAGGGGCCAUAUCUCUUGCCUUGCGAGGACCCUAAUGAUUUCCGCUGGAUGUGCCACCUGACGUACAAGACCAAAUUUGAUAUCUUGAACAGAUACAUGUCCGACAAGGGGAGAAAAGGGUGGAUCGAGGGUAUGCCGAAGAAGAGUAUUCUCCCACACGACUUCACAGCAGCCAUGUGCAUUGAGUUGAAAGAGGAGGCUAAGUCGACGAACUUUGUACUCAGAUAUCGUAAGGAUCUGAAUGCAAUCGAAAUACUUCACGAUCUUCAGACUCUCUAUGACCCAGCUAUGGCUGACGAUAUCUUUCAACUAGCCGACGACCUGUUUGCCUUAUCGACCGCCAAUCGCCGCUGCUGGAAAUUCACAGCGCCUUAUCUCUCCGAAUUCCUCGACACGAUGAUCUUCGAUAUCUGUGUAGGCUACCCACCGUGGUUCAAACCCACUAUUCCACAGAGUAGCAAGGCUGCAGUCAACCAAUUGUACGAAUUCGUCUCCAAGAUUCAUGCGUUACCCCAACGAUUCCGAUCCUGGGCGGUGCGAAAGACAGCGCCCACCGAACCUUUCCACUUACCGGCUACGAGACCAGAUGAGCUUCUCUUCACUUUCCAAGGCUCGGGUCGCUGGACUAGUGUGCUUUAUAAAGGUGCAAAGACAGGUAGUGGCGAGCAGAAUGCUUUGGGUUACCAGCUGUUGCUCAGGGACAUUAUUUGGCAGGGCUAUCUGGCUGAGGCUAGCUGGGAAUUAUGCUCGCAAUUGGAGGCGGUUUGCAAUGUACUGAUGAUCAAGACCAGAGGGAAGGGAACAGAGCAACAGCUUAUUGUAUCGACUGUCGAGACUGAUGAGAAAUUUGCCGAGGACCACGUGGUGACAGAGGUUGGGGAAGUGGAUAUUAUCAACUGA